AUUUCUAGUAAAUAUACAAAGUUAAGCACAACUUUCGCUUGGAACUCGUCAAAAUUCAUUGAUCAUUUUCAACUUCGACUUAAAUUUUCAGGUAGAAAGUCAUCUUUCCACACACACACUCAUGUCGGAGGCGCGAAGCUGCGGCGGCCGCAGCUACCCGGCGGUGGGCGGGCUGGAGUGGCACCUGGACCGACUACACCAGAUGGUGAUGGUGCCCACGCUGUGCCGCGAGGUGUACGACCGCUUCCACGUCAAGCCUCCCAGGGGCAUCCUCUUCUACGGCCCACCAGGCACGGGCAAGACCCUGGUGGCGGGGGCGCUGGCCCGCGAGUGCAGCCUGGCCGCGCGCCGGGUGGAGUUCUUCUACCGCAAGAGCGCCGACAUCCUCAGCAUGUGGCUGGGCGAGUCGGAGAAGGCGCUCACCGAGCUCUUCGAGGAGGCCCGCAGGCGGCGGCCGGCCAUCAUCUUCUUCGACGAGAUCGACGGCCUGGCGCCGGUGCGCAGCGCGCGCGCCGACCACGUGCACGUGAGCAUCGUGUCCACGCUGCUGGCGCUCAUGGACGGGCUGGAGGACGCGGCGGAGGUGGUGGUCAUCGGCGCCACCAACCGCCUGCACGCGCUGGACCCGGCGCUGCGGCGUCCCGGCCGCUUCGACGCCGAGCUCUUCUUCCCGCUGCCCGGCGCGCAGGCGCGGCUGGAGAUCCUGAAGCUGGUGCUGGGGUCGUGGCGGCACGCGGACCGGCCGGACGAGGACUUCCUGCAGGAGCUGGCCUCGUGCACGGCCGGGUACUGCGGCGCAGACCUGCACGCGCUCUGCCGGGACGCUGUGACCGUGGGGCUGUGCCGCCAGUUCCCGCACCUCGCCUCUCACCGCCGCUUCAGCCGGCCCUCCUCCUCGUCGCUGCGGCGAGUGCAGAUCAAGAAGGGGGACUUCCUGGAGGCCAAGUCCCGCAUCGUGCCGGCCACCCGGCGCGCCCGGGGCUGCGUGGCGAGGCAGCUGUCCCCUUCGGUGCAGCCCCUCUUCGCCGGCAUGCUGGACCACGUGGUCCGCGCGCUGCAGUUGUUCUGCCCCUUCCAGUUCCUGCACCCCGAGCAGAGACAGAUGCAGACGCCCACGCACAGCAGCCGGCUGCUUCUGGCGGGGAAGCCGUCCCAAGGGCACACGCAGCAUCUCGCCCCUGCAGUGCUGGACCGCCUGCAGCAUCUGCCCGUCUUCCCUCUGGACACGGUCACUCUCUGCGAGAACUCUGCGCCUCAGCCGGAGGGAGCCUGCGUACAGGUGGUGAAGGACGCGCGCGGGAACGCCCCCAGCAUCCUGUACCUGCCCGACGUGGGCGGCUGGUGGGGGGAGGUGGGCGAGAUGACGCGGACGGUGUUCCUGACGCUGCUGCGGGACCUGGACCCGGGGGAGACGGUGCUGGUGCUGGCCACCGCCGACUGCCCCUACGAGAGCCUGCCCGACCACCUGCGCGAGUUGUUCCGCGAGGAGCUGGGGCGCGUGGUGCGGGUGAGGAACCCCACGGCCGAGGAGAGGGACGCCUACUUCAGGCCUCUGAGGGACUCCGCCCUGCGCCCCCCCGCGCCCCCCUCCAGCCAGGCCAGCAAGCUGCACGAGCACCCUGCGAGUGACCAGGAGGCAGCCACCGACUCGGACUGCGAGCACCCCUGCCUCAGGAGCCGCACCGUGUUCCGCAUCGGCAGGAGACCCGACGCCCCGGAGACUGCCUCGCGCAGGCACGCGAGGAAGCGGGGCAGCGGGGCUGGUCCGCCGCCAGCCAAGAGGUGCCGGGCCCAGACACGGGACUCCCCCGGCGCCGGCGAGCCGGACCCGGAGGGCUGGGUGCCGCCAGACUUCCCCGGAGACACGGAGGACGAGCGCCAGGAGCCGGCCGGCGGCGCAGAGCGAGUAGACGUGGACGUCGCGGCCCUGGACGCCUUCUUCGAGCAUGCGGUGGCGGCGACCGACGACUGCCCCUUCCAGACGCUGGAGGCCCUCCACAGCGGCCUCAGCAUCAUUAUCCACAAGUACAGCUCGCAGCUCGAGCGUCGCCAGCUGCUCCUGGUGAGUUCCCCCCCCUCCCCCCCCCCCCCCCACCAUCCUUCAUCCACGCCGAGGGUACCGUGGGUCCUCUUUUUCAACCAGCACAAUUAAACAUGAGCUGCAUCCGAAUACCAGCCUAACGAAUCCACUAGAUGCAUUGCUAUCCUUCUCACAAGGGAUGCAUCAUCGUCCCUACACGCGUCCACUAAAGUCGAGGUUACCUAGACUGCGACACUCCCAUCCGCUGAUCUGUCCCUCUACAUCCAUUAUCUUCGGGAUUGUGUUUUAUUUUGUUUUUAUAUAAUAUUACUUUAGAUUUUUGGCAUAAGAAAUGUUUAAAAAGUUACAACUAUGUAAUAACAAAAAAAAAUUGAGAUAAAUAAACAUGUUAAUAAAAAUUA